CCCCAGUCUGUCACCAGGUCAGACUCGGUGCAGUUGAAACACUUGGGCGGGACCGUCUGUGAGCGGCGUUCAAUAUCCCUCACAUUACAAGCGCGAGUGUCCUGCGCCAUUGCAGCUGAUCAGCCCUCCUCCCUCCAACGCCAUCCGUAUCCAUCCGCCACCUCCCUCUUCUAGACGGAUAUGGCUCAACAGGGUGACUCUGUGCCGCUUGCGAGCUCUACCUCAGACGCAGCUAGGCAUGACCCGGUGGAUAUAUCCGCGAGCAACAGUGCUAGCGGUAGCGACAGUGCCACCGAAUCGUCCGACAGCGACAGCGCAAGCGUUCACUCCGAUGCCUCUACAGGCACUUUGAAGGAAAAGAUCGACACACUACGCGAGAGUAUAGUGUAUCGUAUGCCCAUCGUGUGGGAUACGCUGCCUGUCAAACCCGACGAAGAGAUCAAGCUCUUCUACGGCAAGCCUGGUGAUGCCUACUGUCUCGACCUCGCCCGCCCUACCGAGGACCAGCUUCAUCGACUCGAGGCCGCCUGCGAGCGCGCUACUUUCGGCCGCAACCAGGAAGACGUACUCGACGAGACUUACCGCAAGGCUGGAAAGAUGGAUACGGCCAACUUCUCAACCAGUUUCGCACCUCCCACAAGCUUCCUGGGUCUCGUGCGAGACGAGCUGCUGCAGCGGCACGACACGAGGCUUGUUUACGAGCUAUGCAAGCUGAAUGUCUAUGGCAAAGACGCCUUCUUCAAACCCCACAAAGACACCCCGCGCGGCACAAGCUCCUAUGGCACGCUCAUAACGGUCUUCCCCGCCCCGCACUCCGGCGGCGAGCUCAUCUUCAGCGACCCCAAGCACGGCGAAUGGACCGUCGACGCCGCAGCCCACAUCCUCCCAGCCGGUAAACCCCCAAACCUUGUCUGCGUCGCCUUCUACGGAGACGUCACGCACGAGGUCCGCAAGGUCACCUCCGGCCACCGUGUUACCCUCACCUGGAACAUCUACACCGAAGACGCGCUCCCCGACACUGGGCCCCCACCGCCCGUAGUCCUCGACUACGACGCCGGCCCGCGCGCGGCGCUCUCCUCGCUCCUCGCCGACGCCCGCCUCCUCCCCCAUGGCGGCUACCUCGGCUUCGGCCUCCGCUACGAGUACCCCGUCAGCGAGCGCAGUAAGCUGCAGCCGCACCACCUCAAGGGCGGCGACGGCAUGAUCUGGCGCGUCUGCCAGGCGCUCGAGUUGGACGUGUCCAUCGUCUACCUGUACGGCAUGGAGAGCAACAAGGAUCUCAAAUAUUUCUUGAACGAGCGCGAGGAUGCGUCCUUCGUCACGACGAGCGCGGUCGAUCUGGGCGAGGCCGGGAUUGACGAUCUUGGGAGCGAGUUCUCCGAUGCACUUGUCGUCCGAAACGCGGGUACGCCGUGCGUGUUGGGUCCGGAUGACGAGGAGCAUGAGGAGCUAGAGGUCGUCUGGGUCACUGAGCAUCUGAAGAAGAAUAGAAUCGAGGAGCUUUUCGUGGCCCUCGGCAACGAUGCGUACAUCGACGCCAUGUACGGUACCGUUGCGUUAUUCGUCAAGAUGAAGCCGCGAGUACAGGAUGAGCAGUGAGUCCAAUGAGGCGG